AUGGCGGACGAGGAGAACAGGUCGGCGGAGGCGGUGGCGGUGGCGGCAGUGGAGGAGGUGGCGGCGGCACCAGAGGUGGCAGAGGUGCUGGCGGAGGCCGCCUAUGCGCCAGAGCCGGUGGAGGCUGCCGUGACUGCGACGGAGGAGGCAGCGCCCGCCGCGGACGACAGGCCCAGGUCGCGCAGCCGGAGCCGCAGCAGGAGCCGGUCCCGCUCCCGGAGCCGGUCCAGGCGCUCCCGCUCCCGCUCCCGCAGCAGGGAGCGGCGCGACGACGGCGGCCACUACGGCGGCUCCGCGCCCCCGCCCUCCUACGGUGGCGACCGCCCGCCGCCGCGCGAGCAGGCCUGGCGCCAGGGCGACUGGGAGUGCCCCUCCUGCCGCUUCCACAACUUUGCCAGCCGCGACCGGUGCUUCAAGUGCGGCUCCGACAGGUCUGGCAACCGUGGCGGCGGCUACGGCGCCGGUGGCGGCGGUGGCUACGGCGGGUACGACCGCUAUGAUGGCGGUGCCGGCGCCUAUGGCGCGGCUGGCGGCUACGGUGCCCAGGGUGGCUACGGCGCCGCAGGCGGGUAUGGCGCUCAGGGCGGCUACGGUGGCGCCACGGGCGGCUACGACGCCAGUGGCUAUGGUGCCCAGGGCGGCUAUGGCGCCCAGGGUGGCUACGGCGGUGGCGGCUACGGUGGCGGUGGUGGCUACGGUGGCGGCGGCUACGGUGGCGGCGGUGGCUACGGUGGCGGCGGUGGCGGCUACGGCGGCGCUCCAAGACCCGCCCCCGCCUUCCGCGAGGGCGACUGGUACUGCAAGGACUGCAACACCCACAACUUUGCCAGCCGCAGCCAGUGCUUCAAGUGCAGCGCCGCGCGCGACUGA